GGCCAAGAACCGAACCGAGCGUGAAAAGGGAGCGUGAUGGCCAGCACCAGGAGCGAGGCACCCAAGGCCGCGGCCGAGCCGCCGCACCCGUGGGGCCCGCACAUGCGCAUCGGCAAGGUCUUCCUCAAGGGCAACGACCGCACUAAGCCUGAAGUGUUCGAGAAUGAGCUCCAGGAGGCGUACGGUGCUGAGCGCAUCGGUCACUUGGUGCGGAAGCUGGAGGAGGCAACGGAGGAGUUCAAGGCUCUUGACAUCUUCGAGUCGAUCAACAUUGAGCUUGACAAGGCGAGCUCUGGCAAACAUGAUGAGACCGACGUGACCAUCACGGUCAAGGAGAAGGGCUGGCGGUCUCUCCACGUGGGCGCCACCACUGAUGGCAACGACGAAGCAGGAGAGUCCUCACUUACGCUGUCGAACGCACUGGGAGAAGCGGAGAAGAUCACGUUGAGUGCCACUUACGCGCGUUCGGGCAGUAACACCCAGCGCGCGACGUUCAAGAAGCCCCGAUUCUUGGGCAUGCCGCUGUAUUUGAGCGCUGUCGGCACCAACGAGCUCCACAACCAAGAAUGGUUGAGCUCGUACAACGAGAAGAUUCGUGCCGGAAGCAUUUCCAUCAGUGACUACGAAGGCGUACACGACUUGUCGUUGAACGUUGGCUGGCGUGACUUGCUCCCUCGCCGUGACCCCAAGAUCCCCACGGCCUACCGCGCGUCCCCCAGUAUCUUGGCGGAAGCGAUGCCGUCCACAAAGACCAGUGUGAAAUAUAUUUUCACGGAUGACAACCGAAACAACGCAGUGUAUCCGACCGCCGGUGGACUCUUCAAGUACACGACGGAAAUUGCUGGUCUUGUCGGCGAUGUGAAAUUCGUCAAGGCGGAGGUGGAAGGCCAAAAGCACGUAGCGCUGGGGCCUGUCGUCUUCGGAUUUCCGAUCCUGAACUUCAGCCUAUCAUACCACGUCGGAACCGUGA